AUGGAAAGUUCCGCGAGCACGAACCCAUGCGGAGGGAGGCUCGUGCUUCUUGCCUGUUUGCUCGGUAUGGUAGUAGCCGAGCUUCCAGCAGUCACAGGCAGUGAGGUACCUGAAGGAUCGUACGCGGUAAAGAUCCCCACGGGAGGCAUACUCGAAGACGCUCAACUCUCCAUUCAUUUGACCCCAUCUCAGUCGAUAGUUGUGGACAACGCUGAACCCAAGCGCGUGUUGCAGGAUCCGCUUGAAAUCACCCGGCAAGUGUACCAGAGGGACGGAAAUUCCUGCAACACUGACAGCCGCGUCGACUGGGCAGACCUGUUUCCUGAGGCGCCAGAGAAAUACCCUUUCGCUGAGAUCACAACCGGUCACAAGAACGGGGAGACUUCUAUACUCUUUCGGACGCCGUCCCGAUUUUAUAUCAAGGAUCAGGUGGGAUACUGUUUUCUUUUGAAGGACGUCACGAGCGAGAAACAUUACACUGUUUUUGUCGAGGCGGGCGAUAUCCGUAGCGUGCUGGCACCGUACUUCGCAGUCCCGCUAGCCAUAUCCUUGUUAGCGGUUCUUGUCUCGUAUUCAAUCUGA